ACAGCCUCCAGGUCCGAUGCCAUCUUUCCAACUUGUCGAGCCAAUGAGAUAAGUCCGGAAUCAUGUAAUGUUUCUACUUCCGUACUGCGCUCUCUGAUUUCCAGCCGUACUAAGCUCGACAAGACCAAACUUGAUUUCUCGAUUCUCUAGGUUUUAACUUCGCCCUUUCUUUCAAGCAUCAUUCUUGAUUGGAUGCCAGCAUGGUAACUUCUCCAACAAGACAGAUCGUCUCCCGUCCUCUGCCUUACGAUUCUGAACUGUUGAAAACGCUUCUUUACAAGGAACGACUGCCCAUCCCGUCCAAUCUUGAAGAGCUCCUUCAAGUACGCCAGGAUGAGAGAUCGAGUGAAGCAGAAGCGACACGUAUUGAUGCCAUUCGAUCAGAUCCAGCCAUAUAUGUUGAGGCAAUCCGGGUUCCUGGUCCGUUAGGCGAUAUACCAGUCCUUGUGUUGCAUCCAAAGGCUGCUAAUCAUCCCGGCAAACCGAAACCAGCCAUCAUUUUCUAUCAUGGCGGCGGCAUGGUUAAGGGCACGGCUUACUUUAGUCUGGCUGCUGUUACCGACGCCGUGAAAGAUGUCGACGCUGUCAUAUUCAGUGUUGACUAUCGCCUCGCGCCAGAAAAUCACGGCUCGGCACUCGUGGAGGACUGCUACGCUGCUCUGCUUUGGGUCGCUGGCCAUUCCAGUGAGUUCGGUCUUGAUAUGAGCCGUUUCAUGGUCGCAGGUGUAUCGGCAGGCGGGGGUCUCGCAGCUGGAACAGCACUUCUCGCUCGUGAUCGGAAAGGACCGGCGCUUUGUGCGCAGCUUCUCGUGUGUCCAAUGCUCGACGACCGCCUAAACACAACCUCAGCAUUGCAAUACGAGGGCGCGCGCGGUUUCUAUACAGCUUGGGGCAGAUACGCUUGGUCGUGUGUCUUGGGAGAGAAGACGGGCACCGGCAGUGUUAGCCCGUACCCUAACAUUGACGCAGGGGCAGCCGAGCCUUUCCGAGACGAAGACGUUGCUUAUGCUUCUAGACUGUGGCAGAGCGGGAUUCGAGCUGACCUUCAUAUUUGGGGCGGCGGGUGUCAUGGUUUCGAUCUCUUUGAAGCUCCGACGGCUCUUGGAGCUACGUCUUCUCGAACACGGAGAGAGUGGCUGAACAGAACUCUGUCUUAA